GAGUCAUCUGGCAAGGCAGUGGGCACCAAGUCACCAGGCACGACAGUGGGCUCUGAGUCAACUGGCACGACAGCGGGCAUCGGGUCACCAGGUAUGACAGCGGGCACUGGGUCAGACAUUGGAUCGUCUUGCUCGACAGCGGGCACCGGGUCGUCUAGCUCAACAGCGGGCAUCGGGUCACCAGGCACGACAGCGGGCACUGGGUCAUCAGGCACGACAGCGGGCAUCUGGUCACCAGGCAUGACAGCAGGCACUGGGUCAUCAGGCAUUGGAUCGUCUGGCUCGACAGCGGGCAUCGGGUCACCAGGUAUGACAGCGGGCACUGGGUCAUCAGGCAUUGGAUCAUCUGGCUGGACAGCGGGCAUCGAGUCAUCAGGCACGACAGCGGGCAUCGGGUCACCAGGCAUGACAGCAGGCACUGGGUCAUCAGGCAUUGUAUUGUCUGGCUCGACAGCGGGCAUCGGGUCACCAGGCAUCAGGUCAUCUGGCUCGACAGCGGGUAUCGGGUCACCAGGCAUUGGAAUGUCUUGCUCGACAACGGGCACCGGGAUACCAGGCUGCACCAUGGAAGGCUGGUUCUCAGAUGGC